CGCAAUAAUACGCGCAGUUCAAAAUGAUACUUAAAAUGGAUUUCCAUCUGCACACUUUCUGAACCUUGUCAGCUUAUUUUUUUCAGAUAUUUCACCCAUUUUGUCUUCUUUUGCACACGGGGAAUACUGAAUAUGGGUACUCCAAGCGAGAAACAAGUCUCAGAUCAGGAGAGUCCCGGAGAAACGGCUGUCAUUUCUGAGAAAUAUGCGGAUGUGACGCUGCGUAUUGUCGAAGACCAUGGCAAGGAUUUUGGCCCGUUGACUCCCGAAAAGGAGAAAAAGUUACAAUGGAAGUUGUACUUGCAUGUCAUGGGCUUGUUGUCAGCUAUAAACUUGCUGCUCUUUAUUGAUAAAUCAACUCUCGGAUAUGCCGCCAUUCUGGGACUAUUUGAAGAGACUGGCAUAAGUAAGGCACAGUAUAAUAACCUUGGAACGUUCUUCUACGUUGGUUAUCUCGCGGCGCAAUGGCCUGGACACUAUGCUAUGCAAAAGCUGCCGUUCGGAAAAUUUGUCGCUGGUCUUGUCUUUAUGUGGGGAGUUACGGUGCUUCUACACUGCGCUGCUACAUCAUAUGCCGGUCUCGUCGUCCUUCGGUUGCUCUUGGGUGCCAGUGAGUCCGUCGUUGUUCCAGCCAUGGAAAUGACCAUCGGAAUGUUCUUCAACCGUCAUGAACAAUCCUUCUUGCAACCCUUUCUCUGGGUAACUUCGGCGGCUGCUCCAGUCUGCGCGGCUUUCAUAUCUUACGGCCUUCUAUGGAGCAAGAGUUCCGUUCUCCCUUGGAAACUCUUCAUGGUCAUUACAGGCGGCCUUUCGGUGCUGCUCUCCAUUGUUGUGUGGUUUCACUAUCCAAGCAACCCAGCGGAGGCCAAGUUCCUGACGCUCGAGGAGAAGGUUCACACCAUUCAACGAGUGCACGAAUCGACCCAGAGUUCCAUCGAGCAGAAGCAAUUUAAAAAGGAGCAAUUCCUAGAGACGCUGCGCGAUCCGGUGUCGUGGCUGUUCUGCUUGCAGUCUUUUACACUCAUGCUGUCGAACAACCUGACAUACGGACAGCAGAACUUGAUCACCAAAGCGCUUGGCGUCACUAGUUUGGGAUCAACCCUGGUAGCUGCUGCAGGUGGCGGAUUCGGCAUUCUCGUCUGUCUCGCGGGUACUUUUGCCCUCCGAUUCUGGCCUUCAAACCUCGCUCUACAUGGACUGGUGUGGUGUGUGCCCGCCAUCGCAGGUGGCAUUGGCAUGGUUGCCAUGGACUGGGAUGAAAAGCUUGGCAUGCUCGCAUGUCUUCUCCUCGCUGGCCAUACAUAUGGAAACACGUACAUCAUCGCGCUGGGUUGGACCACGUCGUCUGCGGCCGGCUACACAAAGAAGUUGACGCGCAACGUCAUGUUCAUGCUUGGCUACAGCGUUGCGAAUCUGAUUUCGCCGCAGAUCUGGGUUCCGAGUGACGCGCCUCGCUACUACGGCGCUUGGAUUGCGCAGAUCGUCGUUAGCUGGGCCGGCACGCCGGCGAUCUUGUUUGUGAUUCAGUUCAUCUUGAAGCGAAGGAACUCCGAGCGUAAGGCGUGGGCAGCGGGCUUGACUGAGGAGGAGAGGAGAGGGCAUCAACUGGGAGAAGUAGAGCAGCUUGAUGAAGGCGGCGUGUUGGUGCGCAGGAAGGUUGACAUUGCGCUGCUGGAUUUAACCGACUUGGAGAAUCCGUUCUUUAUUUAUCCCAUCUAGGAUAUAAAGACUAAUUUUUGCUUUGGGUAUUGCUACUCGCACCCAGGUUCAAUCCCUUUCCUUUAUAUAACAGUGUGCCGGGCUUGUAUGAAAUUGAC